UCUCUCAGGACGGAAUGUGAAUGAAAAUAUAAAUAAAUUGUAAAGUUUAAAAAUGUUACGAUACAGACACGCUGUGCGCAUUCUUCAGAACCGGGCCUACUCAGCUGGUGCGACUGGCAAUGGCGCGAAUUCCGGUGGCAAUACUCCCGACGACGACAAGCAUCCCAUUAGGCGGACGCUUCGGUUACUCGGAAAUGAUAUGCGCAAAGUCAAAGAAUUCUUUGUGCCCAAGGACCCCAAUCCAGAAGAGUCCAGAGAACGAGCUUUGACUCAAACUAAAUUCAAGUUUGAAGGCGAAACAGGAGGGAAUUCCAGUCGGCCAGAUGAAUUCCAGACGCACUGCGAUGUGCUGAUCAUUGGCGGUGGCGGUAUAGGCAGUUCCAUUGCAUAUUUUCUAAAGGAGAAGGCGCGUGAUGGACUGAACGUUGUGGUUGUCGAGAAGGAUGAUACGUAUGCACAGUCUGCAACCCGCGUCUCUGUUGGAGGCCUGUGUCAGCAAUUCUCUCUGCCCGAGAACAUACAAAUGUCGCUCUUCGCCGCUGACUUUUUACGCAACGCCAGGGAACACUUUGGCACGGAGGUACCGCUCAACUUUACGCCACAGGGCCAUCUGAUGCUCGCUGGCGAGAAAGACGCCGAGGGCAUGAAGUAUGCUUCGCAGCUGCAAAACGAGCUAGGUGCCCGGAACGAGCUCCUUACGCCCGAUCGACUGGCGGCGCGUUUCCCCUGGCUGAAUACCAAGGGCAUUGCUCUGGGCUGCCAUGGCCUCGAAAAGGAGGGCUGGUUCAACUCAUGGUCCCUGCUCGCAAACUUUAGACGUUCUGCUGGCGGACACGGUGCGCAUUUCGUCGAUGGAGAAGUGGUGGACUUUGCUUUCCAUGAACAGCCGGAUAUAUCCGUCUCGGGGGACAAUAGCUCCAACGAAGGCGGCUAUGAUGGUCUGGAUAAGGCUGUUAUUCAACUGCCAGACGGUACACGACGCACGUGCAAGUUUGCUCUCUGCGUAAUAGCAGCCGGAGCUAGUUCCGGGAAAGUAGGACGAAUGGCACGCAUUGGCACUGGCCCGGGAAUGCUUCGGGUCCCCUUGCCCAUAGAUGCACGCAAGCGGUACAUGUAUGCCAUCAGUACGCAGGCACAGAAUGCACCCGGCAUGGCCAUGCCCAUAACCAUCGAUUCGAACGCGACAUUCAUUCGGAGAGACGGCUUGGGCGGCAGCUACAUCUGCGGGCGUAAUUCCGACCCGCAAGUCGAUCCAAACAGUGAUAAUUUAGUCGUUGAUCCGCAGUAUUUUGACCAGCAGAUUAGGCCCGCGCUCGUGGAACGGGUUCCCGCCUUCGAGGCGGCCACAGUUUUAGACAGCUGGGCGGGCCUGUACGAGCACAAUAUUUACGAUGACAACGGCAUUGUGGGACCACAUCCGUACUACCACAAUGUGUACAUUGCGACUGGGUUCAGUGGACACGGCAUCCAGCAGUCGGUGGCUGUGGGUCGAGCCGUAUCCGAGCUGAUUAUGGAUGGACAGUUCCGCACGAUCGAUCUGUCGCGACUGAGCUUCGAUAGAUUAAUUGUGGACAGGCCCAUGUACGAGUUGAACAAUGUUCUAAGUUAGUGUCUGUUGAAAGUACAAUGUAUUUAUUGUACAUGAUUAAAGUUUCAUUUUACUAUUUGAA